UCUUGGAUACUUUGAGUAGCUGACACGGAUCUGCGUUAUCAGUGGGCCCUGCGUGCACGUCGUGCUGUCUCUAUCGGCUUUUCGUCGGUGAUGGAAAACACUCGCUGCUUUGCCAACCGUUUCUCCGACUACAAAGGUGCGCUGCUCCCGGGCCAGGGCGCCGAAGCUGCCGUGCCCGUCGUGGUCGCCAGCAUAGAUAAAAUCCUUCAAACUGUUCCCAUCGACCUCAGCGACUGCGACGGAGGGCUAUACGAUGGGCCGGCCGGGGUGGCUUACAUGCUGUAUCACGUCAGCGAGUGCCCGCUGUUCUCUGAGUACCGGGAUGUCUACCUGAAGACGGCCAAGCAGAUCAUCGACAUGUCGGUCAGAUACGUGGAUGCGGAGCCGGACAAAAACAUGCGUGCCGCCUUCCUGCUCGGCGGGGCGGGCAUCUACGCUGUGGCCGCUAUGAUCUACAAGUCCCUGGGCUUGGCUGAUUUCGUGAAGCCGCUGACUAAAUUCCGUAACCUGUGGGAGGUGUGCGCUCCCAUCCAUUUUCUGGAGUGCGGCUCGGAUGAGCUGUUUGUAGGGCGGGCUGGGUACCUGUGCGCCGCCCUGGUCCUCAAACAGAAGCUGGGCAUAGAGAUUCUGAGCAAAGAUCAAAUCAAAUCUAUUUGCCAGGCCAUCAUCGAGUCAGGAAAACAGUAUGCCAGGAAGAAGAGAAAGCCUUUCCCCCUUAUGUACUCGUACUAUGGAACAGAGUACCUCGGCGCAGCCCACGGCCUUUCAUCUGUGCUGCAGAUGCUGUUGAGCUACCAAGACAUGCUCAGUGGGGCUGAAAAGGAUCUGGUGUGGCAGAGUGUUGAUUUCCUCAUGAACCAGGAGCAAAACUGUAACUGGCCUGCAGAGCUGGGAGCCAUCAUCGAAAGGGAGAAUGAGUUGGUGCACUGGUGCCACGGAGCCCCGGGUGUGGCGUACCUUUUCGCAAAAGCCUAUCUGAUCAAUAAGAAGCCACAGUACUUGGAUAAAUGCAUUAGAAGUGGAGAACUCGUAUGGCAGAAAGGUCUGCUGAAGAAAGGUCCUGGGAUUUGUCACGGAGUUGCAGGCAGCGCAUAUGUCUUCCUCCUGCUUUAUCGGCUCACAGGCAACUCCAAAUACAUCUACCGUGCUCAGAGGUUUGCAGAGUUCCUCUUCACUGAGGAAUUCAAGGCAGGCUCUCGCUCAGUUACCAGGAUCUACAGUCUGUUCGAAGGCCUGUCGGGGACCGUUUGUUUCCUGGUCGACCUCCUGCAGCCAGACCAGUCAGAGUUCCCUCUGUUCAGUGUCUUUGUGUGAAUGGACUGAAAGGUUACUGCUGUUCACUGACCUGAACAGACCCCGUCCCUUUCC